UCAUGCUAAAUGUUCCGUGGUCAGCGAGUGAUACAUCGCUCAUAAUCAUGUUUCGCAGGCAGUAGCGGAGCAGGGCCUCGUGCAGGUGCUCGUCGCGCGCUCACCCUGGACCAGCCUCGUGCCACCACUGGCAGUGGCUUCGGCGUGUUCCUAAUCUCCAUCUGCCGCUUAGUUUCCCACAACCAGCCAGGGAUUACAGACAGCAAAAAUAAAUAAAGACGCACAGCAGCGGCGCCUUCCCUCGAUCUGUGAGUGCGGAAUUCAGCAUGGAGAACAUGUCUGUGAAGUACAGGAAUUCGCUCUACAGUCACGAUGGCGAGUUUUCCAGCUUCUCCAUGGAUGACUCGGAUUCAGAGGUGGACCAUGCCCUGAAAGACUUCUCCCCAAGGCAUGGUCACCCAUUUUCCAGUCAUGAGCUGUCUGGAGACAAAGUAGUGGAAAACACCACCCGGCCCCACACUCCUGGGCCUCACACCUUUUUCCGCCAAAGCACAAGCAGAACUUCCAGAGACUCGUCUGUGGAGCCAGAGUCACUGCGAAGGUUCCAGUUGGGUUCUGUGGACCUGCCACUCAGCCCAUCACGGCCCAAGAGCCCCUGGGGCCGCUUUGACCCGUAUGACUCACCAGAGGAUCAAGACAAAGAAUAUAUAGGCUUUGCCACAUUGCCAAACCAGGUGCAUAGAAAGUCGGUGAAAAGGGGCUUUGAUUUCACAUUAAUGGUGGCAGGGGAGUCUGGCUUAGGGAAGUCCACUCUGGUCAACAGCCUCUUCCUCACAGACCUGUACAAAGACCGGAAGCUGCUUAAUGCUGAAGAAAGGAUCAUGCAGACGGUGGAGAUCACUAAGCACACAGUUGACAUUGAGGAGAAGGGAGUGAGGCUGAGACUUACCAUCGUGGACACGCCUGGCUUUGGAGAUGCAGUUAACAACACACAGUGCUGGAGGACAGUGACAGACUAUAUUGACCAGCAGUUUGAGCAGUACUUUAGGGAUGAGAGUGGCCUGAACCGCAAGAACAUUCAAGACAACUGUGUGCACUGUUGUCUCUAUUUCAUCUCACCGUUUGGCCAUGGUCUCAGGCCCCUGGAUGUAGAGUUCAUGAAGGCUGUACAUGAGAAGGUGAACAUUAUACCGGUUCUGGCCAAAGCUGAUAGUCUCACUCCUUCUGAGAUCAGGGUCAAGAAAAUCAGGAUACGAGAUGAGAUGGACCAGUUUGGAAUCAAGAUCUACCAUUUCCCAGACUGUGACUCGGACUCUGAUGAAGACUUCAGACAGCAUGAUCAGGAGCUAAGGGACAGCAUCCCCUUCGCCGUUAUUGGCAGCAAUUCUGUGGUGGAAGCCAAGGGGAGGCGAGUCCGAGGGCGUCUUUACCCCUGGGGCAUUGUGGAAGUGGAAAACCCUGCUCACAGUGACUUCUUGAUGCUGCGGAACAUGCUGGUGCGCACUCACAUGCAAGACCUGAAGGAUGUUACCAGGGAGAUACACUAUGAGAAUUACCGCGUGCAGUGCAUCCAAAACAUGACACGUAUGGCAGUGAAAGAGAGGAGACGCAAGCUAACACGGGGCAGUGGCAUUGACUUCCCCAUUCCCCUGGCAUCGGUAUCCAUGGACAGUGACACCGAACGCCUCAUUUGGGAGAAGGACGAGGAGCUCAGGCGAAUGCAGGAAGUUCUCCAAAGGAUCCAGGACCAGAUGCUGGGGCAGAAGGAGGGGUACUGACCUCUGCCACACAGACUUGUCUUUCAGUUUCUUGAGAGAACAGUAAGAAAAUGGUUGCCGAAAUAACAAAAACGAAGCUGUAAUGAUCCUUCAGCAGAUGGCCUUCUCUUUGCUUUGUUGGGCACUACUGUGCUUAUGGAAUGUGUGUGCAUUCAGUGUCAGGGUGUUAGCUGUCCACAUUAAACCACUGCAAGUGUGCACGGCGUUGCAAAAGCAAAAACUGAGCAACAGUGUAACAACCUGUAGAGCAGAAAACACCUAGAAAAGGGAAUACAUUUGAAAAUAGUUGAAAAAUUCCUGAAUGGCCUAUCUGUCUGAAACAGUUUGUAACUACACAAGAAUUGGUGUUAGUAGUGUUUGUCUGUUAAUGCUAAUAUUAUGAUAAACACUUUUUAUUUUGAAUUUUUACUCUUCACUAGAAAAUAAAUUUGCAAGAAA